AGAAGAGAAAGAAUUACUAGAAAUAUAUAAACAGGAUCUUGAAUUAGCAAAAAGAUUACAAAUUGAUCAUAGUUAUAAUAGUUCAUCAUUAUUAAAUAAUCAAAAUAAUAAAAUCAGCUUGACAUGGUCGAAGUAAGAUGGUCAACAAGAAUGUCACGAUGUGCUGGUACAUGUACCUUUAAACCAGGUGGCUAUUGUACUAUUGCCUUAUCAGAACCUUUACUUAAAUUUAGACCUAAAAGUGACAUGAUAGAAACAUUAUUGCAUGAAAUGAUACACGCCUAUCUUUUUAUUACUCAAAGAAACACAGACAGAGAUGGUCAUGGCCCUGAAUUCUUAUAUGAAGCAGAUCGAAUCAAUAAACUGGCUAAUGUUAACAUAACUGUAUAUCAUUCUUUUCAUACUGAAGUGGAUUACUAUUUAACUCACGUUUGGCAAUGCAAUGGUAUUUGUCAAGAUAAACCACCUUAUUUUGGAAUAGUAAAACGAUCUAUGAACAGACCUCCUCAACACGCUGAUCCAUGGUUUGAUGAACAUCAACGUACUUGUGGUGGAACAUUUAUAAAGAUUCAUAGUCCAGAAUUAAAAACAAAGAGAAAGCAGAAGGUCCAAACAAACACAUUACUAAAUUAUUUUAAUGAUAAAAAACAAAGACGAUAAUCAUAUUAAAGAAUUUAUUGAUAAAGAUAAAUCUUUUAUGCUAUAUUUUAACACAUUUCAUCUAAUGCACAACAAACGCACAUGGCUAUUAAACUACAUAUACAUCUUAUGUAAGCUUAUAUCAUCUUUUUUUUUUUUUCGUCCUAUAUUCCUUACCAUCCCCAGCAGCAUGAAUGAUCAUUUUCCUUUGGUCUUUCUUGUUGAACAAUGAUUGUUUGUGGGGGAGGACUAUAAUAAAUAACCGUUUAAAAAGAAAAAAGAAAAAAGAAAAAGAAAAAAGAAAAGAAACUUACGCUGGCUGGUAAUAACCUGGUUGACUUCCCGGUGGUGGACCAUAGUAUUGACCACCUUGUUGUUGACCAUAAUAAGGUUGAGACAUUAUGAGUAAAAGGA